AUGCAGCUCGCUCCGUUGAAGGCCAAUGUCCGAUUUGCAGUUAUAAGCUAUAUUGAUCUCGAGGCGAUCAAAUGUGACAAGUGUGCGGGCCAGCUUCUAGAACCAGAACCCCUUCAAACUGAAAUAAUCCUAAAACGCUUCUUCAAACGGUGUUUGGCCAAGCCGCAUCACGUUGGCGUGGUUGAACGAAAUGGGGAACGGACGUUGGAGGUCCCGCUCCCAGGCUACGAGGAGAGAGACGGUACUAAGACCAGUGAGCACAAGUUCAUCAUCAUUCGCCAACGGAUUAUCUCACCUACGACGCUGGAAGGGUCUCUGAGUCUCGCGGUAUUAGCGUUUUUGGAAAUCCUGAUCAACAGAUGGGGGUUCCUUCAGAUGUCUGGCGUUAUUAUCUGCUGUCCCGUCGACCAGAGACUGGAGACAUCGAAUUCUCCUGGGACUCGUUUAUCAGAGUAUAGUGCCCGACUGGACGAAAUACCAUGA